AUGGCUACAGAUCAAUAUUAUUCAUUUCUAGAAGAGGUUAAUCGUGGAAUCUUUGCAAAGAUUGUUCUAUCCAUUGUAAUGGUUGCUUUCUAUUACAUUCUCGAUACAAGAGUACCAAUGUUGAUACGAUUGAAAAGUGCCUGA